AUGGCUUCAUCUUCGCCAGUAGCAUCCGCUUUCUCCUGGCUAGGCAAAGAUAACAGUCCAAACUCAACGAUCCAGCCGUAUGGCUACAUCGCUACCGCUUUCUUGGUCGUCGUCUUUUCCAUCUUGCUCACAGUCUCGAAGCACGACGAUUUGCCUCUCCUCCAGCCACCACCAAAGUGGUUUCGGCCAACCUUCCUGGCACAGAUUGAAUUCUUCAAAAUCGGAAAGGAACUGAUUGCAAAGGGGAGAGCCACGCUGAGCGGCAAACCUUACAAGGUCCUUACAGAAAGUGGAGAAAUUCUUGUUCUGCCCACUCGAUUCGCCAACGUCAUUCGGAAUGAGGAGGGAUUGAGCUUUGGGGCUAUUAUCAUGCGGGACCUUCAUGGCAAGAUCCCGGGCUUCCAGCCCUUUGGGUUCGUUGACGACGACAAGAAGAUCCUGCAAGUAGUUGCUCGUAAGCAGCUUACCAAGUCGCUCAACACCAUCACCGAACCACUCUCUCUCGAGACCGCAUUCGCAGCAAACCUCGUUCUCGGCGAGUCUCAAGGUAACUACCCUCACCAUCUCCUCGUUAUGUCAUUUUUGGGGAACCAGACUCACGCUUACCACCACCCCUCAGAAUGGCAUCAACUCCCCCUAAAAGACACAAUCCUCGACCUCGUAGCCCGCCUCUCCUCCCGCGUCUUCCUCGGCCCAGAACUCUGCCGCAACGAAGACUGGCUCCGCAUCACAAAGGACUACACCGUAAUCUCCGUCAACGCAGCCGUCAAGCUCCGCGCCGUGCCCAUCCACCUGCGGCCCUUACUCCACUGGUUCUCCGCGGACUGCAGACGUACGCGUGAGUCCCUUGCCGAGGCUCAGCAUCUUAUUGCACCAGUCAUUGAGAAGCGGCGGGCGGAGAAGCGCGCCGCCGCCGCUGCCGGAGGCCAGGCUACCACGGCACCGAACGAUGCUAUCGAGUGGGCUGAGACUGAGGCGCAAGGAGGGGCGUACGAUGCGGCCAUCUUCCAGCUCACACUUUCGUUUGUGGCCAUUCAUACUACUACGGACCUCCUUGCUCAGACGCUCAUCUACCUGGCCAAGGAACCAGAGCUCAUCGAACCCCUGAGAGCCGAGAUCGUAGAGGUCCUGAAAGCCGAGGGAUGGAAAAAGAGCGCGCUGUACAACAUGAAGCUACUAGACAGCGCCAUCAAGGAGACGCAGAGAUUGAAGCCCAUAGGAAUGCUCCUAAUGCGCCGCCUGGCCACCGAAGACGUCAUCCUCCCAGACGACAACAUCACCAUCCGCCGCGGCCAGGCCGUCUCCGUCGACACCUACAGCUCCAUCGACCCGGCCAUCUACGAACACCCCGAAACCUACGACAUCCACCGCUUCCGCCGGAUGCGUGAGCAGCCCGGCGGCGCCAAUAAAGCGCAGCUCGUGACGACGAGUCCCGAACACCUGGGCUUCGGCCACGGUCUACACGCGUGUCCCGGUCGGUUCUUCGCCUCCAACGAGGUCAAAGUUGCGCUUUGUCACUUGUUGCUCAAGUAUGACUGGAAACUGGCGCCGGGGUCGCCUUCGGAGCCUGUUAUUACGGGCGCGUCUAUGAAUGUGAACCCGAAGGCGAUGGUUAUGGUCAAGAGAAGGGUGGAUGAGUUUGAUAUUGAUAAUCUUGGGUUUGGGGAUUUGGACGCUUGCGAUUUGUGA